AUGUCAAAUCAAAUAGAAAGGUGUUAUAUAUUUCAGUCUUCAAGUAAAACUAGUAAGAGUGUAGUAAGUACUAAAACUGUAGUACCAUUUGAUAAUGAAGAAGAUGAUGUAAACAGUGAACAAUGGAGAUCUCAACCUAAGCAUAUCUUUAUAUUGAGUGAAGCUGGUAAACCUAUUUAUUCUAGACAUGGCAGUGAAGAUAAACUAGUGACUAUAAUGGGUGUGAUGCAAGCUUUAGUAUCAUUUGUAGGUGAUUCUAAUGAUAGUUUACGUUGUAUGAUUGCUGGAGAUCAUAAAUUUGUAUUUUUAGUUCGUGAUCAUUUAUUAUUAGUAGGUGUAACAAACUGUAUGGACUCAACACAUCAACUAUUGCUUCAAUUAACUUAUGUCUAUAAUCAAGUGAUUAGUGUUUUAACUCAUAGUACAUUAUGUAAGAUUUUUAAGCAAAGACGUAAUUAUGAUUUACGUAGAAUGUUAAGUGGUGCUGAAAAGUUUUUUGACAAUUUAUUGAAUUUAAUGGAUAGUGAACCAGGGUUUUUAUUAACUGCUGUACGGUGUUUACCUUUAGAUUAUUCUAUAAGAGAAAUAAUUGCUCAGAGUAUUGUACAACAUGCAAAAAUAAAGGAUUUAGUUUUUGGGUUGAUAAUAACUAACAAUCAAUUAAUAACACUAGUAAGAAUAAAGAAAUAUUAUUUACAUCCAAUGGAUUUACAUUUAAUCAUGAAUCUAGUGAAUGCAUCAGAGUCUUUCAAAACAGCUGAAUCAUGGACUCCUUUAUGUUUACCCAAAUUUGACCAAAGUGGUUUUCUUCAGGCUCAUAUAUCAUAUCUAGAUGAUUCUUGUGAAACAUGUUUAUUAUUAUUAACUGUUGAUAGAGAAUCCUUCUUUACUCUAUCAGAAUGUAAAAAUAAAAUCAAAGAGAGAUUAUUGAAAUAUAAUGCUUUAAGAGCAAUAUCAGAUUCCCUGAAGAGAAAUGCUUAUGGAAUUCAACAAUGUGGUAUCAAUGAUUUAAGACAUUUUUUAUAUAAAUCUAAAAGUACAGCACAAUAUACAAGUCCUGAAUUAGAAGCACCAUAUGUUACACAGGCUGAAAAAGAUAGACUAUUUGGUUUAUAUAAAUAUCUUCAUCAUCGAAUUCAUUCGGCAGCCCGACCAUUGAAAAUACUGUUUCACGUAGGAGCUUAUGAAACUUUAUUAGGUUGGGUAACAGCAGGGUUUGAAUUAUAUGCAGUAUUUGGUCCAUUGGUUACGAAGACGUCUGCUAUUCAUGCUGUCAACAAACUAUUACGGUGGAUCAAGAGGGAAGAGGAGAGGUUAUUUAUCUUAAAUUCUGUGACAUUUUAA